AUGGAGGCACUCAGGAAGGCGCGCGAGUCCGGCAAGCGCGACUGCCAGCUCAAGGAGCAAGAAGCGGUGUAUGACGAGGUCGAGGAGGACGUGUAUCGCUCUGUUGCGCGCGGACGGUUCACGGAGGACGACUUUAACGAGGAGGACGACGGCGUGAGCAGGUAUGCGGACGACGGCAUGGACGACUGGGACCGCAGCGCGAGCGAGCGCGACGACGAUGACGAUCACGAGAAUGAACGACCUCAAAGCCAGCUCUCCCGCUCAACCAACCACUUCGCCCCCUCCUCCGACGUCGCUUCCGACCCAGCAUCUGACCCUUUCCUUAUCGGCGCACCAUCGAGCGACGGCUUCGACGGUGUCGAGAAGACUCGUUUCGACUCCGCGAUGGACGAAUUCGACAAUGACCUCUGUGGCAUGGGCCGGCAGUUCUUCGACAACUUCCCCUCAGUUGAACCUCUCGAAGAGUUGAGCAAGUCGAACGAGCAGGUCAAGAUGGAGGAGGACGACGACGACUUGUUCGUCGAGCCGACUGCCGCUGCGGCCAAGCCCAAGGGUCCGGCGCAGCGACGGCAAAUCGUCAACGCCUCUGCCAUCAAGCCCGUCAAGCCGAAGGCUGAGCCGGUCGACAACGCCUCGCCAAGCCAGAUGGCGGAGGACAUGAAGUCGAAGCGCAAGGCAGCUUCUGCUCCCAUCGUCGCGUCCGCUGAGGCGACGGGCGACUCGACGGCGUUCAACGAGGAGCACGAGACCGCCAUCAGCUCGGCGGCGAUGCGGGCGCCGGCUCACCAGACGAAUGCGCUCGAAGCAGACGGCUCGCUUCAGUUCUGGUGGUUCGACUACGACGAGCCUGCGCCCGGCACGGUCCGCCUCGUCGGCAAGGUUCGCGUCAAGAACGAGCAGACGAGGGUCGCGCCGAUCAAGGACGGAAAGAAGGUCGAGAAGGACGUGCCCAAGUUUGUCAGCGCGACGGUCGUCGUCAAGAACAUCAAGCGCAAGCUCUACGUUCUCCCGAAGACCAAGGCCGAGUACUACGGCGGCGAGGUCGACGAGGAUGACUCGGACGACGAGGACGACGAGCUGCCAUUUGACGACGUCGAGGGCGACUUCCUCGACGAUGCGAAGGGCAAGUGGAAUCUGCGGAACGUUUCGAGCACGCAGGGCUACGUCAAGCGGCGGUACGCUUUCGGCAUCAUGGGUGUCCCGCGGAAGAAGACGAACUGGCUCGAGGUCACUUGCGACUUCCCUGCCGGCAAGCGAAACGAGUCCGACAUUCCCAUCGACGCUGCUGGCGAGCAGUACUCGCACGUCUUCGGCUCGACCGCGACCGCCUUCGAGCGCUUCGUCGUCGCCCACAAGAUCAUGGGUCCGUGCUGGCUCAACAUUUCGAAGCCCAAGGCCAACAAGGGCGAUGCGUUCUCAUGGACCAAGUUCGAGGCCGAAGUCGACGAGAAGGACAUCUCGCCGUUCUCCAGCUCCGACGCGACCGCCCCGAAGGACGUUCCCCGACUCACGGUGCUCAGCUUGAGCAGCCGAACGGUCGUCCACCUCAAGGAGAAUAAGCGCGAGAUCGUCUGCGCUGCCGCUCGUGUCUGGCAUGACGUCGAUAUCGACGACCCGACUCCCGUCGAACACCAAGGCUCGUCGUCCAAGGUUUUCGUUCGCAAUCUCUUCACCGACUUCCCGACCGGCUUCGACCAGCAAGUCCGCCAGCACCAAGGAUCGCCGACUUUCGCGCUCUUCAAGGCGGAGCGACCACUCCUCAUUCAGCUUCUCGACUACAUCUCCCGCAAUGACCCAGGU